AUGUUUGGAGACGUCAAUAUAUCGGCCAUUUUGGACUCAUUUAGUAUAAGUUACGACAAAAGAGUAAGACCUAAUUAUGGAGGACCACCCGUGGAAGUGGGGGUUACCAUGUACGUGCUCUCCAUCAGCUCUCUGUCUGAAGUGAAAAUGGACUUCACGUUGGAUUUUUACUUCAGACAGUUCUGGACAGAUCCACGAUUGGCUUAUAAGAAAAGGCCCGGUGUAGAAACUUUAUCAGUUGGUUCUGAAUUCAUUAAAAAUAUCUGGGUACCUGAUACAUUCUUUGUUAAUGAAAAGCAAUCUUAUUUUCACAUAGCAACGACCAGCAAUGAAUUUAUUCGAAUACACCAUUCUGGUUCCAUAACACGAAGUAUAAGAUUAACAAUCACAGCUUCAUGUCCAAUGAAUCUUCAAUAUUUUCCAAUGGACAGACAAUUGUGUCACAUAGAGAUCGAGAGUUUCGGGUACACAAUGAGAGAUAUUCGAUACCAUUGGAAAGACGGACUAUCGAGCGUCGGCAUGAGUAAUGAAGUGCAACUGCCACAGUUCAGAGUCCUCGGCCAUCGUCAACGUGCUACAGUUGUAACACUUACGACAGUCGGCUACACCAUGCGGGACAUCCGAUACAAAUGGAACGAGGGGCCCAACUCAGUGGGUGUAUCAAACGAAGUAUCGCUACCACAGUUCAAGGUGCUUGGCCAUCGACAACGAGACAUGGAGAUCUCCCUCACAACAGGAAAUUAUUCAAGAUUAGCGUGUGAGAUACAAUUUGUUCGUUCAAUGGGAUAUUAUCUUAUCCAAAUUUAUAUUCCAUCUGGCUUAAUCGUUAUUAUAUCAUGGGUAUCGUUUUGGUUAAAUCGCAAUGCUACUCCAGCUAGAGUUGCCCUAGGUGUGACAACUGUAUUGACUAUGACCACACUCAUGUCAUCAACUAAUGCGGCCCUACCUAAAAUAUCGUAUGUCAAGUCCAUAGACGUGUACUUGGGAACCUGUUUCGUCAUGGUCUUCGCAAGUUUAUUAGAAUAUGCUACCGUGGGAUACAUGGCGAAAAGAAUACAAAUGAGGAAACAAAGAUUUGUAGCUAUACAAAAAAUAGCUUCUGAGAAAAAAAUUCCUGUGGAUUGCCCACCUGUUGGAGACCCUCACACGCUUUCUAAAAUGGGUACUAUGGGUAGAUGCCCUCCAGGGCGACCAUCGGAGGUUCGAUUUAAAGUCCAUGACCCUAAAGCGCACUCUAAAGGCGGGACUCUAGAAAAUACGAUUAAUGGUGGCAGAGCAGCUGAAGAAGAAAAUCCGGGUCCACCUCCUCAUAUUCUUCAUCCUGGAAAGGAUAUAAGCAAACUCCUGGGUAUGACCCCGUCAGACAUCGACAAAUACUCACGCAUCGUGUUUCCAGUUUGCUUCGUCUGCUUUAAUCUAAUGUAUUGGAUAAUUUAUCUUCACGUAUCAGACGUCGUGGCUGACGAUUUGGUUCUACUGGAAGAGGAUAAAUAG